AUGGCGCCAACGGCGGACGGUUUUAUGCUUUCGCCAUCCAAUGAGACCGUAAGCACCGAGUCUUUUGCCGAUAACUACUCACUCCCAAUCCCCGAAUCAUCUUCAACAUCUCUAUCGAACGGUUCGAUGUGUGGGAUACCAGGGCCACAUGAAAGUGAAACUCCUUCUGCACAAGAGUCUUCAUUAGUUGGAUUGCGUAGAAAGUUCACAACAGAGGCCGCCGUUGGGGCUCGCAAAAGGUCAUGGAUGGGGCGGAACGAGCCCGACCCUUACAUUGAAGGAGUUUCUGAAUUCUCUCUCAACCACCAGAUUAUUACCCGGACAAAUAACGGACUCAUGACAGACAACCUCAUGAAGCUCUACCAUGAUGUCAUGGAAGGCGCACUUUCAUGUUGGCUGACAGAACAAAACUGUCCUUACCUUGAAUUGUCUGGGUCAUCGGAGAACAUCAACUUCCUUACCGCAGCAUGGAAACCGAGCCCUCCAAACAGGGUUUACCACCGUGUCUUGAAGCUUGACAAGUCCCUCAGCUCCAUUGGUUUAAAACCGCUAGGCCGAGUCGAAGACCAAAAGGCUACAAAAGCGCUUCACCUUGCCAUCAUGGCAUUCACUGCUCAAUGGGCCCAAGGUAGCCGAAGGAGCCAGUCACAUUACAAUUCUCCCGCUUUGCCAGAAAGUGAUCUACAAUGUUUUGGCGAUGAGUUUGACGCCACUCUGCAAAUGACCUUCUGGAACCAAGCUCGCAAGCUAUUGAAUGAAUGCGCAGAUCUUGAUUGCUUCAAGGUAGCAUUUGCGGAAAUAAUCUUCGGACUGACCCAGAAGUAUGCAACCAACCAGGAAGAAUACAAUCUCGUCGAUCCGAUAGGCGUUUACGAAGGAGAGAACACUGGAAUAAUGGCCAAGAUUCAGGAGGUCUUAGGGCGAUGUGAGCACCAUACAUAUACGGAACGGGCGGCCCGAAGGCUCAACGUUCUAAAAAGACAAGUGAGGUCCUUUGACAGAAAAGCAGCAAAAAUUGGCACUCAACUUGCCCAAACAAAUCAGCUCGCAAGCAAAAAGGAGGCCGGAUCUGAAGAGAGGAGGACAAUGGAAUUGAUUUUCUGGCUGGCUGUCAUGUUCGACACGCUUUCUGCGGCAAUGACUGAGAGGCCUGUCACUGUAUCAGACGAGGAAAGCAAAGAAGUCAUCAACCGCUCCGAAAUCGACGAUUCCAAGAGCCCUCAGGAUCGAAAGUCGAGUGAGCAUUGGAAUGACCAGGUCAUUAUCAAAAAGACACAGAAGCUUUCGCCGUUGCGAUGGCCUUGCCAUGAAGAGGAUAUCUCGCGAGAGCUUCGUGACGCUGCGCCUGUCAAAGUUCUCUUGUUCAGAAAGAUUACUCGAUUGCAGACAUUGUCUUCACAAGGGGCCGAAAACCAGACUAUCGAGGACGCUAUUCAAGAUGCCUUGGCUGUAUACCGUCACUGGAACAUGACGUACGGACCUCUUUUCCAGGAUUGCAUUCAAUACCAUAACUCCCUUCCUUCAAAGGUUCAGAGCUGGUAUGUCUGCCUCUUGGGGCAUUGGCUCCUGGCUGCAAUGAUCUUGGCCGAUCUUGUAAAAUUGAUGGAUGAUCAAGGCCUCAGCAGUCCCGCUCAAGCCAGUGAACGAGUCCAAACGAAUCUCAUGGGUCGUUUACUAAAAGCAAGUAACCGAAUGGUGUCUGACCUUGCAAGGGUAUCGACACCACGCAAUGAUGAAGUUGGAAAAUUGACGGGUUAUCACUACGCUGCGAAUGAGGGAGCUCUUCUCACCGAGCCUUGGACCAUGGUUUUGAUUAGGUCGAUCACCAAGGCAGCACUAUCGCUUCUUGACGAGGCAGAGAAUCUGCAAGAGACAGCAAACCAGAACAACGACUUCGGCGAGAGCCUGUUCAUCCGCUGCGAAGAUUGUGUAAAGGCACUGUGGUACUUGGGUCGGAAGUCCGAUUUGGCUAGACAGGUGGCCAAGAUUCUGGGCAACGGUUUGGAACAGUCUAGGCUCAAGUUAUGUAACAGAGGGGGCCGCUUACCUGUGUUUGAUGAAUCUGUUUUCUUUGAUCAGGUGGCGGCUUUUUAA